GGGCAAGCAGCAUUCCUGCAACGCACAGCCGAGUAAACGUAACAAGGAUUUGCAGCAGCAUUAGCAGCGAAUCGGAAGUGAACGCAGAGACCAACAAGUAGCAAGCAGCAGCUUCAUCUCUACCAGCAGCCAACACUAGCAUGGCCUCAUUGCAGUUCCUGCUCUGCUGUGCUACAACGCUACUGAUUGCCAACGCCCUGGAGCUGACACCGCAGCUGCUCAACGCCGCCGUCAAUGAUCAGGCAGCUAGCAACAAGGCCAAUAUGCUCUACACUGCCUUUCCGCCCGUCGAUGGUGAUGAAGUCGAUGCAGUCGAGGUGCCGUUAGAAGUGGAACAGGUCGAUAACAUUGUCCAGCUGCCGCAGCCAUCGUAUUCGCAUCAUUCGCCCCCCGACUGGCUGCAGUUCGAGAAGGAACCCGUUCAGAAGCCGAAGCACAUUAAGACAGCCUUUCUGAAGCAUCAGCAUAAGCAUGGUGCCCAUGGGGCAUGCCACAUCGAGAUCACCAGCAAAGUGCCGGGCAUCUGUCAGCCUAUGAGACAGGGCAGCGCUUGUAUGUCGGGUCAACUGAUGGAUUUCUAUUCGGCACCUGAUUGCUCAAGUGCUCAAGGCUAAAUAAGAAGAGUUCUCCAACUUUGUUUCUCUCUCUCUCUUUUUCUUUGUCUCCGAAAGCAUUACGACUACCUGGUGCACAAAUUAACUUAGUAACAUGUGUAUAAAUAAAGUUUAUUUUAUAAACAUUUGCUAAACCAUUUUUUCCA